GUGGCGGGAAAUAAAAGUGUUUACGUGUCUUUGAAAGUUAGUUUUGUGUGACUGUAUGCACCCACACAAAGCAUUGUGUUAGUUUUACCCUUUCAGCAAAUGAACAAAAAACCUUCUUAAAGAGAUAUGUGUGACUAAACUACAAUCUUAGGCUUAGUUAUUAAUAUUUUAAGAUUUGUUCUCUUGGCAGCUAAAUGGCAUCGCCUCUGCCUCCAGUCGAUACUGAACAGCAGAACAUUAUCGAUAAAUUGGCUGAAUUUGUGGCCAGAAAUGGGCCAGAAUUCGAAGCACUAACAAGUGAAAAACAGAGGGACAACCCAAAGUUCGCAUUUCUCCGAGGUGGCCAGUUCCAUGAAUAUUAUAUGUAUAGAGUAAACGAAGCUCGUAAAAUUUGGCAGCAGCAGUAUCCAACGAAAAAUAAACCGCAUCAGGUUGGAGUAAUACUUUUUGAUAAUUUUAUGCCAGGGUUUAUAUGGUUUGUAAUACAUGUACGUAGUCAAAGGGGUUGUUUUGUAUGAGGUAGAUUUAUCAUUUUCACAAAAGUAUCUAUCAUGGGAUUAGGCUUAAACAUUUGCUUUUUUAACCGGGAUUAUAUUCCUUGGACUUGUAUCUGACUGGUAGUUCAGGGUAAACUUUCUACACAGAAACCAAUUAGUUAUGGCUAGAUAGCAUAUUAUCCACAAAGAUCGUUGAACCCAACUUCUGUGUCUUUAUUGUCACAACCAAUUCCAAAGCAUCAACUCUGUAGAAUGGCCCAUCAUGUUGACUUGAUUGUUUGCUUUUAGCUUGCACAUGACAAGAAUAACUGGACGAAAACACUAGGUAUAUUAGUACAGGUACCAAUCAAAGUUACUAGGUAAACAAAUGAGUAUUCGUUGGUGUAAAAGAGGUUAAAAUUGUUGUAUUUACUAACAGUAACUAUCGCGAAUCAUACUACUUAAAAUUCGAAGACCAAUUUAUGUCUCUCAAGUCACGUUCACACCCUGGUUACACUAUUAUUAGACUUCAAACCUUAUAUUCACUAAAAAGUAGAUAAAUGAAAUCCAGAUAUGUAUGCGCCACACAAAUCUCAUUUCAUUUAUGUAAGGGAUGUGAUACUAGCCGGGUGCCCAAACCGAAGCAGGUGGUUUUCCUAGGGGACCACACCCGGAGCCUUUGACUUAAAGAUCUGAUCCAUAGGGCAGUGGAGCAAAGUAAGGAGACGUAGUCCCAUGGCAGCCGGUAUCAACGAUUGAUUCAUACGCAUUUUGUUCCCUCAGGAUACUGGAGCCCAUGUGCACCAUUGGUUUGGAGUCAGGGUUUUUCCAACUCCCCUAGGUGGAUUUUCCGUGUCCUUUAACCCGGUUAAAGCGCCGGACAUUGGCUUUUCGUCCUCUCAAUUUCGUAAACAACGCGCCUGCCACGAGAAAGCAGUGAGUAGGACUUCCCUGGCAUAGGCUAUAUACGCAUGACCAUGUGAGAGCAUUUGGAGAGGUAUAGCGGACUCUCCCCACUCUCGGCCGUACCAGGGCAUUUUGGGGGGGGGAAUCCACGUAAGGCCACCUACAAACAGGAUGAUAAAGAAGAUUUAAGGGUGAAAUACCCAUGUGAUAAUAGUUCCUACUGCAAUAAUAGAAUAGAAAACUUAAAAAUAAUAGGACAAUCAAUCGCAUUAAUGAGGUGCUCAUUACUUAUACCCAAGUGAGGAUUAAGUGCAUCUAGUCGUGGGUUACAUUUCCUAACGUUUUUGUAUAUGACCCAAUUUUGAGCACUAGGGUUUCAAAAUUUCUGUCACCGGCUUAAACUCUACUUUGGUUUUAACAUUAGUAAUAUAUCUGAUUUCCAUACAACGUAUCUUAAAACUAUGCAAUUAAGUCCAGGUUUUUCUUUCGAGUUUCAACGUGUUGUUUAGUUCAAUUAGUAUGGAAUUUUCGACCAUCGACUUUUCACAAACACCGACAGAAAUUAUAGACCCAUAAUACGGCUCAAAUGAACGAUCUAAUCAAUCGGUACUUUCGCUCAAUCAAUAACCGUAUAUUUUUGUCUGUUUGGUAGAGUAUACUCAUCUAUAUUCAAUUUAAAGACUCCACUCUCCCCAUUCUUGUUUAACUUUGUCGUUGACAUGUUUUUAGAGGUAUCACUUUCAUCAUCUCAAUCUCCUGGAGUUGAACUUUUACCAGGAGGCUCACUUGUUGACUUAGAAUACGCCGACGACAUAGUUUUAUUCGGUGAAGACUCUGACAAAAUGCAGUCUUCUGACCACUAUAAGCAACAAUUCAGGCAUGUUCGGGAUGCGAUUCUCUCCCUCGAAGUGCAAAAUGUUACUUCAGGAUUGGGUUGCAUCGACACCUGAACUAAUGAUAGGGAGUGAAGUAGUUGAGCGUGUUGACAGCUUCACUUAUCUUGGGAGUCUCAUCAGCCCUUGUGGUCUGGUAUGUGACGAAAUCUCAGCACGGAUACAGAAGGCUCGUCUAGCUUUUGCCAACUUGCGUCAUUUAUGGCGUAGGCGAGAUAUCCGUCUAGCAACAAAAGGACGGGUUUACUGUGCAGCAGUCCGUUCCGUCCUACUUUAUGGAAGUGAAACAUGGCCAAUAAGAGUAGAGGAUAUUCGUAGGCUACUAAUAUUCGAUCAUAGGUGUCUUCGACGCAUUGCUCGUAUAUCCUGGGACCACCGGGUAAGUAAUGCAGAUGUUAGGAAACGGGUACUAGGUAAGGAUGGCAAAUCGAUUGAUGAAGUAGUGAAACUUCACCAGUUGAGAUGGCUGGGACAUGUGUUACGUAUGCCCAACCACCGACUGCCCCGACGUGCAAUGCUUUAUGGUGUAGGAGCAGGUUGGAAGAAAGCUAGGGGCGGCCAGACCAAAAGAUGGCAUAAAUCCAUGAAGUCACUGACAAGUGGACUGGGCCAUGUUGGUAGGUGUAGACUACCUGGUUAGGAUUCGCGAGAUGAUAGCAACCGAUGGUUAGAGACCUUGAAUGACAUGGCCCAAAAUCGUUUUCAAUGGUGAAGGUGCAUCCACUCUUUGUGUUCUACCAAAUUCUAAUCUGGAUUCUUCAUGUCUGUGUCCUUUUUCUCUUUCCAAAUUUAUUUCAUUGUAUUAUACUCCUUCAAUAACAUCUUCAAACCCUAAUCUUUCAGAUUACUGCUUAUACUCUUACUACUUCUACCAUUAUGGGAUUUAAAUCGACAACUUCAUCUCUGUGCUAAUGUGGUAUGGCAACUCGAACUGAUGUACGUACGUACGAAGUUCUACGUUGUAACUGACUGACUGACUGACUAAAGACUUCUCUCCUGGAUAGUGAUUUGGAACACUUCUGGAAAUCACACAACGACUGUAGUAGGGGAUAUAGCUGUCAUAGGUCAUUCCAACGAUAUUAAGGCUUGAUUGUUAUGUCCUGUUCUUGCUGUCAUAGAAGGAAUAAGGCAUGAUGUUAUUUCCUAUUUGGCAAGUAGUUCUUACAAACCGGCUGGUCGCCCGUCAACGAGUCUGAGUUCAGACUGCUAAAUAGUAAAGUUUCUGACAGGAAUAUUGAGUAGUAUAUUGAAGUGUUGAGCAGCAUUCUUUUUAAAGUAAUAAAUAUCGGUUGUGAAAAGCUAUCAAUUAAAUUUCUAGCUAUGUGCCCAUUAAAUUUAACGUUUUAUAUCAACUCAUAGGUAGGCAGAUAGACCCAAAUGUUUAAUUCUACAUAAAGUGCCUUACAACAGUUCUUAAAAAAAGCAACAAAUAGUAAUAGUGAAUGGCAAUUAUAUUAGUUGAGGGGUAAAUAAAUUACAAUAUGAAAUUGGGCAGUUUUGUAAUUCGUGUUUUUACAGUUACCGACAAAUAUAAAGCUGAAUAACCAAGCUUUAAUGAAGAAAAACAUGUUAAAUGAUCUAAAUAACUUCUGAAGAGGCAGCAUACGCUAAGUUGCAAGGCGUUAAAAAUUUGAUUUUCUAUUUAUCAGGAUAUUACAUGUAUACCAUCAAUUUCACUAAUAACAAUCUAUUCGACCCCCAGUUUAUUUGGAAUUAUCAGGUCAAACUUUGAUAAUAAUACCUGUAUGUAAGUGUAUUUCGAUUGUCCCACAGCUAUUGUAUGAGUGAAUAUUCACCUUUAUUACUUGAAUUCACACAUCCUUCCUGAAUGUUUUUUGUACACUUCUUUUUUCCCCUUCAUCAGCCAUAUUUAUAUUUUAUGGUCUACUGCCGAUACCUUUCAGCUACUAAAUGAUUAAGCUCCAUUUAUAAAAUUAAUCAAUUUUUUCUUCAAGAACUUGAACUAAUUAUGUAUCAUAUUUAUUAAGUCACGCUAUAAAUGCAUGUAUCCGCCGGUAGGAGUCAGUAGUCAUAUAUAAUAGCUCCAGAACGACCUGUUGGCAUUUAUUUCUGAUUGUUUACAAUGUCUGUUGUUGUUAGCUUGGCUUAACGGCCUAUUCUACCUUUCUGUUAAGAUUCUCAAUUCCAGAUCCAAUUGGGUCAACAUGAAUGAACAAUGGGAUCAGUAUGGUGGGAAUCCAGAUCAUUGGCAGCGUUAUAGUUCUGCACCACCAGGACAUUGCGGAUGGGGCGGCCCAGAUCCAUCAUGGUAUCCAAAGCCACAAUGGCCACCUUAUCAACAGGGUGUACGAAUGCAUGGUGGUCAGCCUGAAUAUCCAUACCAUCCUCCUUCGGAAGCAGUAGAUUCUUAUCGUCAUGGAAAUUAUAAUAAUCAUCCUCCGUAUGGCUACCCUGGACACCAUGGAGCAUUCCCAAUUCAGCAAUUUUCGUUUGGACCUGAGACUUAUCGUGCACCGAAACCUCACUAUGAUUACCAAGUUCCUGGUGGUUCUGAACUAGGAGAAGCUGAUAUCGAACAAAGUGAGAAAAAUUUGGCUGCUCAGCAUGAGUCGUUGCUUGCUCGCCAAAACGUUGAAAUUCUCGAGCUCUUAGACAAAAAGAGAGAGGAAAAUGUUAGGAAAACUGGGGAGAAACUGAACAUGUCUUGGGAACAGAUGAACGAAAUGAUCCAACCACUGAUUGAAGCAUGUACAAAGGAAAAUAUAUCUAAAGGAAAAUCUUGGGUUGUAGACAAAAUGUCUGAGUCAGCUGAGCUAACUAAGCUAAUGUCUGACUAUCUAAUAACACGUGCAAGUGCUAUUGGUGUUUCAUUCGACUUAAGACUCCACUUAGUAUACUUGUUAAACGACCUACUUCAUCAUUCUAAACGUCGUGGUGCUCCUGUUCAUCUGCAAGAAGCUUUACACGAAACAGUGCCGGUAAUUUUCUGUCUAGCUACCGAGAUUGCAGAUGAUGAACAAAGAGCCAAAAUUAAUCGUGUUUUAAGCUUGUGGGAAACCAACUCGUAUUUGCCAGUUGAAGUUCUGGUAAAGAUGAGACCUCCAGAAUCAGGUAAAUUCUUAGCGGAAUGGAAAGAAAGUCAAUCAAAGCCGUUUGAAAGUGAAAUAGACAAAAUAAAAACAAAUAUUAUGAAUCAAUACACUAGUCUUGAGCGACAACAUCAAGAGUUUGCAGAUCAUGUACUACGACAGUUAGCUUCAUCACAUUCCGAUAAGUCUGAUGAAGCAUCUAUCUCUGAUAAUCAUCAUUCCCAAUAUGGAUCAUCACAUCAUCCUAUGCAGAAUGUUGAUCCGAACUUCACGUACUGGGGUCCACCACCACAGACUACUGGAGGAUUCGAUAUGCUUCCACAGGAUAUGAUGAGCGGGUCAGAUCCAAGAGAUAUGCAACGUCGAAUGCCUGGUUAUCCUCCACCUUCACAAAUGUCAGGGUAUACAGGACCUGGUGGUGGUGGUGGUGGUGGUGGGGCAAGUUAUCCUCCUCAAAUGGGUUGGCCACCUGGGCAACAUGACUCUGCAAAAUGGAAUCAGUCUGUCCCGAACUACAACUCUCAGCCUGGACAUAAAAAUUUUGGUGGUCAUGAGUUAAGCAGCAAUGUAUAUAUUGAAGGUGAAGAACCAGAUGAUGAACAAUCUGCGUAUCCUAAUUCGUCUUAUGAAUGCGGAUCUUAUGGAGGUUAUUAUAAUAAUAACAAUAACGAUUAUCGACAGUAUGAAGACUCUUCUCAUAGUGUUCGAAAUACACGAGACAAUCAAAGUAAUCGUGAUGAGAAACCUCGAACAUUUCGUGGUAGUCGUCCUUCAAGAUUUUCUUCUACUCCAUCUCAUCCUGAGACAGGUAAUGAAAAGAAAAUUGAUCGUAGUGAUACUGGCAAAAAUACUGUCACUAUGGAACAGCAACACAUAACACCUAAGACUGAUCUAGAAAUGCCAAAAAAUUCAGAAAAUUCUAUGAUACCAGUUGUUGAAUCUUAUGACAUAAAUCAAAAAUUCCCCGCAUGGCAAUUACCUGCAGGAUUAGUGCAUCCAUUAAUUCGGUUAAAAGAUUUUGAUUUUACUCCACUAAACGAAAACAAUUUGCAAUUAUUACCUCCAACUACACCGUCUGAACGUUUGCUUAUGGCAUUGGAGAACUUCUACAUGCCACCCACCCCAGAUAAACCACGUGACGGCGAAGGUUGGGAACACAUGGCCCUUCAUGAAUUUUAUACGAAAAAAGAACGCGCUCGUCCUUCUGACCAUAAAGAAAACGAUAGAGAUAACACAUCUACCAGUAAAGCAAAAUCGAAUCGACGUCGUCAACAUAGUGGAGGUAGUUAUGCAAGUAGUCAUUCGGAAUAUGAUUUCACAAAUGAAUUAGUUCCAGACCUUCAACAUGACAUAGUGGUUGACGUUGAAAAGCCAUUUUCACGCGACAAUUCAGAUAAAGAAACUCCCCUUGGACCAUCACAAUUAGCAUAUAUAACAUCUUAUCCCAAAAUUGCAGUAGGUCAACCUCUUCGGACUGGCCUCGAAGCAUUGACCUUGGCCCCUCCUCCGAUGCAGUGUAUGCAAGGACAGUUAACGCAUAAUUAUAGUGCUUAUAAAACAGCUGGCAUUCAACCGGGUAUUCCCAUACCUGUUCCUCCGUUACCAGGUUUACUAGGCGCCAUUCCACCUGGACCAAGUGGAUUUCCUAAUACAAGCUUUCUACAAUUUCCUCCUCCGGUCAACCAGCCACCACCAACCCUUCCACUGCCUCAAGGUUUGAUUCAAAGACCCCCGCCAGGAUUUUCUGUUGACCGUUUUGAAUCUCGUGGAUCGCGAUCCCGUUCUAGAUCUGAUUCACGUUCAAAAUCUCAUUCUCAUUCUGCGGAUUCACGUUCCCGUGACUUUCGUUCUCGUUCACGAUCACGAUCUAGAUCUCAUAGUUCUCAAAGUAGAUCGCAGUCACGCUCUGAUUCUCGUGAUUCUCGUUCCAAAUCUGUGUCACCUAAUAAUGAUGAUGAAACUGGUAGUAACCAGUCACGUGGCCUUUCAAGAGAUCGAAGACGUGACAGAUCACGUUCACGAAGCUCUGGUUCACCGUUUGCUCGAUUCACUUCAGCGCCUGGACCUGGUGGUUUAGGAGCAGCCGGUGGAGGCACUGGCGGUGGGAAUAUAAAUGCUGCUCGUGCUGCUGCAAUAGCAGCUGCGGUUUCCAUAGCUAAUUCAAUCAACGCACAAUCUGGCUGGUCCAAUAACAAUGUUAGUAAUAGUAACAAUAAUAAUAAUAAUAAUAUGUCCACUAACGCAUUUAACAACCAAGGCUUUAGCGGGCCUGGUCUCUUACCAGGUGGUCCGUACGCAGACACUAAUAGAAUAACCUACUAUGGCGGCGGGUUUCAGCCUAACCAAGGACAACACAAUCGUGGCGGUGGUGUUGGCGGCGGCGGCGGUUCACGUGGUGGUUACAAUCCUAAUAAUUUAUCAGGGCGAGGCGGCAGUAAUAUGCGAUACCAUGGAUCGGACGAUCGCUUUUAUCCACCUCCACGCGAUCACCAACGUCGAUAAAAAAAUGCUUUAUUUGCUCAUGAGAUAUUUUCAAAUCAUACUCUUUGACUUUUGCAUUGCUUCUGUUUAUGAAUAUCAUUAAUGUGACUGUAAAUUCAAACAAUCUAAAUACAACUAUUUAUUGUUUGUUAU